AUAUAGAGUUUAGAGAAAGGUGUCACAAAAAGGUCGUUCAAUGUCUCUUGUUAUGUUGUGUUCAAUAAAGACUAAUUAACGAAUUGUGUAUAGUCAAUGGUCCGGUCACACCUCGUGUAAAGACACAACAUAAAUUGGCGACGAGAUAAAAAGGAACAAAGCGAAAAUCCGUGAAAAAUCGAAGUCGUAACCUCCAAACCCGGAAGUGAGUCUUGUCAGCCAUUUUCCAUCAGCCCAGUCGGAAGUUAGUUGCAGUCGAAUGUCAUUGUAAAAACCAUAGAAAACAACAAUCAACAAAAUGUCACUUAUUGGUACGAUCGAACCCAUCGACUUAGAAAAAACGGAAAUCGAAAGCUACCUGGAGAGAAUGGAUCACCUGUUUAAGUGCAAUCAAGUCGAAGGUAAUCAUGAAGUCGAUUUAUUUGUCACCCUGGUUGGAAGUGAAGCAUACAGAGUGAUGAAAAACGCUGUCAAACCGAACAAAGUUGCUAGUCAGUCGUACGAGGAAUUAAAGGCAAUAUUAAAGCAGCGAAUGGCUCCAGUGAAGUCAGUCACGUUCGAAAGUCACCUGUUUUAUAAAAUUAGUCAAGGUAGUAUGUCGAUCGCUGAAUAUAUAAGUAAACUCAAAGAACAAGCGGAUUUGUGUGAGUUUGGAAAUUUUUUAGAUCGUGCACUGAGAGAUAAGUUUAUAAGUGGUAUGUCAAAUAAGAAGAUACAAAACCGUCUACUGUCUGAGAAGGAUUUGUCGUUUUCCAAGCUGUGCGAGUUGGCUUUAGCACAAGAAUUAAUACAGUCAGAGAGCCUUGAGUUACAGCAAGAUGGUAAAGUAAAUAAGUUGUAUAGAGGAAACUCGUCCAAACAAGUGAGUCAAAGAAGGAAGGAUGUCAGUCAAAGUCAAGUACGUGGUCAAAUGUCAGUGUCGUGUAGUCCGAAGUCCAGUCGGAGCUUAGCAUCGUCCAGUCAAAAGUCGAAUAAAAACUCUACGUCUACGUCUGUUAGUCAAAGGUCAAGUCGAGGCCAGUCCUGUCUUAGAUGUGGAAGGUUCCAUAAUCCAGACACGUGCCCAGCCAAAGAGUGGGAGUGCUUUUUAUGUCAUCGUCAAGGCCAUACGUCCAGAGUCUGUAGGAAUAAACAGAAGAAAGUCCAUUUACUAGUCGAUCAAGAGGAUGUCACGGAGGAAGCAAAAGAAGAGUCGACCGAUGAAGAAUUCGUGGGAUUCUGCAAGAACAUUCAGGUGUCAAGUAAGUCUAAUCCAGCUAUUUUGAAAGUUAAUGUUGAAAAACGCAUAAUAGACAUGGAAGUUGAUACAGGCGCAAGCGUAAGUUUAAUUUCUGUUGAUACUCGUAACAAAUAUUUUAAAGAUAUACCAAUUUGUAAAAGUAGGUUAAAAAUUAAAACCGUACAAGGAGAUCAGUUACAAAUUGUAGGUGAAAUGAUGGUAAAGGUUAAAUGUAUUGAGUCCGAUGUCAAGUAUGAAUUGCCGUUAGUCGUUGUCUUGUCUAAAAUCGAGUUUAUACCACUACUGGGUAGGAAUUGGCUAAAUAUGUUAUUACCUAGGUGGCGUGAAAGUUUGCAUUGUAAUGUCAUUGAGGUAGAUAUUUCAAAAAUUGUGUCUGAAUUUAAAGACAAGUACAGAAAUGUCUUUAGUAACGAUAAAGCAAAAUGCAUCAAAAAUUUUAAAUGUAAUAUUGUGUUAAAAGAAAAUGUUACCCCUGUAUUCCACAAACCGUAUACCGUCCCUUACUCUAUUAAAGAAGAAGUGGAAAAGGAACUUGAAGAAAUGGUAGUAAAUGGAAUAUUGGAAAAGGUUGAAUACAGCGAGUGGGCGAGUCCAAUAGUCGUAGUGCCCAAAAAGUCAUCGAAGUCCUUAAGAAUCUGUGUUGAUUUUAAGGUAACUCUUAAUCCAUUAAUCAAGGUUAAUCAUUACCCAUUACCGAGGGUAGAAGAUAUUUUUAACCAAGUUGCUAAGGGGAAAUUCUUCACUGUUCUUGAUUUGAGUAAUGCUUAUCAACAGUUAGAGAUGAGCCCUGAAUCCAAACAUUUGUUAACGAUUAACACACACAAAGGUCUUUAUCAGUAUAAUAGAUUACCUUACGGCGUAGCUUGUGCACCAGCACAAUUUCAAGCAAUUAUGGAUCAGAUACUUCAGGGAAUUAAAAAUGUUGGCUGUUAUUUAGAUGAUGUCAUUAUCGUGGGUCAGUCGCUUGAAGACUGCUUCAGGAAUGUUGAAAUUGUUCUGUCUAGAUUAGAUAAGUUUAAUGUCAAGGUGAAUUUCCAAAAAUGUAAGUUUUUCGUCCAAACGGUGGAAUUUUUGGGUCACGAGUUGUCGGAAAUAGGAAUCAAACCUAUGAAGAGUAAAAUGGAGGCUAUCGAAAGAGCACCCGAACCCAAAAACCUGCAACAGUUACGCUCGUAUUUAGAAUUACAUCCGUUGUAUAGGUUAGAGCAAAAAGAUGUCCCAUUCGAAUGGUCCAGUAAAUGUCGACAAGCCUUUGAGAAGAGCAAGCAGUUAUUGCUAAACAGUAAAGCUUUAAUUGCAUACUCACCUGAUUUACCUUUAGUUAUGGCUGCCGAUGCGUCCCAAUACGGAGUUGGCGGUGUGCUUAGUCACAUAGUGAACGGCGAGGAAAGACCAAUUAUGUUUGUAUCUGGCACAAUGACGGAAACUCAGCGUAGAUACUCACAGCUUGAGCGAGAAGCACUGGCAAUCAUAUUUUCGAUUAAGAAGUUUCAUAAAUUUAUCUACAAUAGGCCUUUUACGCUGAUCACCGAUCACUUACCGUUGAAAACAAUCCUGGGAGCGAAAAAUAAAAUACCUACUCUGUCUGCUGCGAGAUUACAACGAUGGGCGUUGAUCCUACAAGCUUACCAGUAUGAAAUCAAAUACCGGAAAGGACAAGAUAUGGCAAACGCUGAUGCCAUGUCACGACUUCCACUUGAAGAAUCGACGGAAGAAAAAGCGUAUUCUUUUUCUGAUUAUUAUGUGCUACCGUUGACAGCACUUGAGAUAGUAGAAUGCACCAAGCAAGACCAAACACUUUCUAAAGUGAUAGAAUAUACACAAAAAGGUUGGCCCAACAAGAUUAACGAAAGUAAUCUGAAACCAUAUUACAUCCGAAGAAGUGAAUUAACAGUUGAAAAUAAUUGUUUACUCUGGGGGAAUAGAGUUGUCAUUCCAUUCCAACUGCGGGAUUCAGUCUUGAAAUUGCUACACGAUAAGCAUAUAGGGAUAGUUCGAGCAAAAAUGUUAGCACGUGGUGAAGUUUGGUGGCCUAAUCUAAAUCAAGAUCUGGAGAAUUGUAUUAACUCUUGCGAAAAUUGUCAAUCCUUACAACCCAAAGCAGUUCCAGUACCGUAUACACCAUGGUCAAAAACCGAGCGAGUUUGGGAGAGAAUACACAUUGACUUCUUGGAAAAAUUUGACAAGAAAUUCUUGAUAGUAGUAGAUAGCUACAGUCGAUGGAUCGAGAUACAGAUAAUGCAUGGAACAAAUUCGUCUAAAACUAUUCAAGCGCUAAAACACAUAUUUGCUACGUUCGGAAUUCCAGAAGAGAUAGUAUCAGACAACGGACCUCCAUUUAAUGGGGAGGAAUACAAGAAGUUUGCACUUUCAAUAGGCACAAAAGUAUCCUUGACUCCACCAGUUCAUCCUUGCUCAAAUGGCAAAGCGGAAAAGUAUGUGGAUACCAUCAAGAGAGGCUUAUUGAAGCAAUUAAAGGAUAAUGAAAAACAGAAGAUUACCAUGACUUUACAGGAACAGAUCGAUGAAUACUUGUUUUCUUUUCGCAAUACACCCAACUCAGUCACAGGAGUUUGUCCGGCGAAUUUAGUAUUAAAACGCCAACCCAGAACAAAACUCUCCUUACUAAAACCAACAUUUUUAAGAGGGAAGAGAAGAGAAGAUAAAAUCGAUGGAAAAGUGAAAAUAUACCAGGAUAGUAAAAGAGGAAUAAUGAGAAGAUUCUAUGAAGGCCAAAAAGUACUUACCUUUGAUACUCGUGUCAACAGGUGGAUUCCUGGAAAAAUUGCAAAGGUCGUCAGUCCAGUUACAUAUUUAGUAAUGGUGAAUAAUCAGGUACGAUAUCUUCAUGCCGAUUACCUAAAGAUGUCCAUAUUAGAAGAAGAGACAAAUCCAAUUGUAAGACCGUACAUACAAGGGAGUAACCCCAGUCCUUCGGUCAGCGUUGAGAAGGCUCCGGAUGAGAAUGUUCAGGAAGAAGUGAUUGAAGACUCAAGUGUUUCUUUACCUGAUAGUCCAAAUCCUGACCAAGCACCUAAAAGUCCUGCUCCAGUUUCUAUAACGCCUCAGGUACUCAGACGUUCACAAAGAACCAUAAAGGCGCCCUCUAGGCUUGAUUUGUAAAGGGGGAAGAGUGUUAUGUAUUGGGUUAAGUUUAG